AUAAUAAGAAGCAAACUCACUCACUCCCAUAACUCCAAGUAUUAUCAUGGCUUCUUCUUCUUCUUCUUGUUGCAUCAUGAUCAUCACCAUUAUUAAUCUGAUCUAUUUCUUAGGCUUAGCUCAAGCCCAAACCCAAGCCCUAGGAAGAGCUCCACAUGGUUUAGCCAACGAGCAUCCAGUAGCAUUCUCUCCUUCAGCUUUCGACUUCUUCCAUCCAUGUUCCUCUCAAUCGGAAGCAUGUUCGCCGCUUCCCAUGCCGGCUGCUGCUGCUACUGUUUCUUCCUCAUUGGCACGGGAGAGUCGGUCGGGAACGGGUUCCAAUGUUGCCGGAGCCCAUGUGGGUCCUGGAGCAAUUCUCGCCGUCGCCUUCGGGUGCGUGCUCGGAGUGGGAAUCGUGGCUGCUGCUGCAAUUGGAGUAGUACUGUUUUAUGUGGUCGCGGUUAAGAGGAGGAGAUCAUCUAAUACUCCUCCUCUCAAGCCACAUGUUUGAUCAUCAUUAUCGAUCUGGGCUAGCUAGCUAGACUGGGGUUGGACUGGACUGAGCUGAUCUGGGCUAGGACCCUCAUACUUUCAUUUCAGAACCAUCACAUGUUUCUAAUUAUCCAAUAUAUAUAUUACUCUUUUAAUUAAUUACUUAUAAUUCCUUCUUUCUGCAUGCUUAUAAAUAUAAUAUAUUAACU